GUGCGAAUGAUAUAGUGUAUAGUGAGUUUUAUGGUGUAAAGUGACAGCUUUCAAACUUUUGGCUGUUUUCAUAGGAAAAUGUACAAGUUUUGUUGUUUUAAGACUUCUUGUUUUAUAAGGAAUAAAGUUCGACAGAAAUAAUGGUUAAUAUGAUACGAUGUUACUUGGGCCGUUACACAGUGGACAUGCUAUUCUACUUCCUAGUCCUUCUGUUCGUUGUGGUCCAAUCCAGUGAGGAGUACCGAAAAUGCUUGCCGGACAAAGAGGUGAAGCCUAAAAAGUACGCCCAUCACGGCGACAAGUCCAACUCCAUUCAGCUAGACGUGUCUAGUAGGAUUACGCACCAGCUCACUACGCACGUUUUCAGUAUUUUCUUGAGGGAGGUGGUCGGAUACGAGGAGGUCCAGAUCAACCACUACGAAGACAACUUUCAAAUCGACAAUCUCAUCGAGCGGCUCAAUCCCAUCAAAAACGACAUUCCUCAGACAUGGAUAAACUUGGAGGCUUGGGUGCCCCCCGAGUACGACUCCUUCUCCAAGAACUACAUAAAAGACUGCGGAAACUUGGCACCGCCGGGCCGCUUCGGAUGGUUCAUACCGAACGACAUGAUCGCGCCGAUAAAGUCGUACUUUCCCGAGUGGUCCGAGGACAUACGAGAGGUGCACUGGGACUUUUUCCGCGAGGCGGAUCGCAUGAGACCCUUCGAUUUCAGCUCGAAAGUUACGCGAGACUUGAUCCAGAUGGCGUCGAAUAACAAAGGAGGCUUCAGCUGCAGGGAAUCCUUCUGCGAGAACAGCACGUACAUUCCCAAGCAGUGUCAGUACAACAAGCCAUGCGCCCUGCUCCUCAGCUCGUCCUACAACGAAACCAGCUUCGUCAAGGACAACAUCGACGAGCUGAAGUUGCACGUAAAGGUCGUCUGGUUGGGCGAUAAGCUGCGCGACGCAAUCGACUUCAUCAACUUGACGCAUCGCGACCGAAGGGAUCAAAGUAUGCUGAUAUUGAGCUGGACGCCUUCGGAUAUUAUCGAAAAACAAGAGGAUUACGUCAGCGUUGCCUUCAAGCAUUGCGAGCUGAUGAAAACGCAGUCGGGGUGCAAGUACGAGCUUCACAGGUUGGUGAAGUUCGCGUGGAGCAAGAUACAAACGUUUGCCAGCGAUUUGGAUGAAGCUUUGACGGUGUUCCGCUUCGAUGAUUACAGAGACCUGUUGGACCGAUACGAGAUAAACAAACGCACCAACGGGUCGAAAACGAUCCAGGACAUCGCUUGCGACUGGAUGCGCAACGACUCUAACCUCUGGCGCGAGAGCUGGAGCGGCUGGAAGAACAAGGAAAAAACGGAAAUCUACAUCGGGGGCAUUUUCCCGCUCAACGGCUCGUCGUACAGCGGAAAAGGCAUCGCGAUGGGCGCCAUUAUGGGCAUAGACGCGGUCAACGCGAACGAAAGUAUUCUGCCGUACUACAACCUGGAGCUGAAGCCCAUGAACGGGCAGUGCAGGGCGGACAAAGUCAUGCAACACUUUAUCGACGUCAUCGUCGACAGCUCGAACAACAAAAAAAUAUUGGGCGUGUUGGGACCGGCCUGCUCCGACACGGUGGAGCCUCUAGCGGGAGUUUCCAAAAACUACCACAUGCUUGUUAUAUCGUACAGUGCGGAAGGUGCUACGUUCAACGAUAGGGAAAAGUACCCGUACUUUUUUCGAACUAUAGGCGAGAACCAUCACUAUAAACAUGUGUACCUCAAGUUGAUGCAGCAUUUUCAUUGGAAAAGGGUGGCAGCACUGACCGAAGAUGGGCAGAAGUACACCGAGUACAUAUCCAGUAUGCAGGAUGUGCUUGAUAAGGAGAACAUUAGUUUUAUUACCAAUAAGAAGUUUCCCAGGGAGAUUGAUUCUGGGGGAAUGUCUAGGUAUUUGCAAGAUUUGAAGAGCAAAACAGCCAAAAUAAUCAUCGCUGACGUCAUCGAACGCGUAGCUCGUACGGUCAUGUGCGAAGCGUACAAUUUAAAAAUGACAGCGUACGAUGGAUACGUCUGGUUUUUACCCAUGUGGUUCAACCUAACGUGGUACAACACCGACUAUUUUAACACGCAAAACGAACACGUCAACUGCACCACAGCCGAAAUGCUAAAAAGCAUCAAUGGUUACUUCUCGAUGUCUCACUCGUACUUCGCGCAAAACGACUCCAUAAUGCUGGAAAAUAAGACCGUAAAAGAGUGGAGGGAGGAUUAUUACCAUCGAGCUCACCAAAAAAACUGGGAGCCAUCGGAUUACGCCGGGUUCGCGUACGACGCCGUGUGGACGUACGCGCUAGCCUUGGACAAGUUGAGCCGCACCGACCCCAGGGCCCUGUCAGAUCUGCAUUCGGAGAACACCACCAUCAAAUUGGUCGAGCAGAUCGAGAAAACCGACUUUAACGGCGUCUCCGGUAGGAUUAAGUUCAGAGGGGGGCCGUCCAGGUUCAGCGUCAUCAACAUUUAUCAGUGGUACGACAACCGAUCGAAUUUGAUCGGCAAUUUUUACCCCAACUUGACCGACGACAAGCCUGAAAUACUGGGCGGCACUUUGAACUUCACGAAGCAAGCUAAAUGGUUCACCCCUGACGGUGAGGUGCCGGAGGACGGUACGCAACCACCCGACCCUUGCGCAGUGGAGUCUGUAGCCAGGUUCUUCAACGUGCAAUGCACGCAUGCCAUAAUAAUCUUGAAUGUGAUCGGGACUUUUAUAGCUGCGGUCAUCGUCAUUGCGAUGUGCUGGCAUUUUAAGAAGCACUACGACAAGAAAGCCGAGGAGCAGCUGAAAAGAAUAAGAGAGCUCGAGGAAAAUGAGAAUAAGUUGUACAAGUUGACAGAGUUGGAUGAUUGGGAGAUAGCGCGCGAAAAAGUGGUGAUUAAUCGUAAGUUGGGCGAGGGUGCGUUUGGAACGGUGUAUGGAGGUGAAGCUGACUUCCCCAACCUGGGUUGGGUGCCGGUGGCCGUGAAAACGCUCAAAACGGGCUCAUCGGCCGAGCAAAAGUUGGAGUUUCUUAGCGAGGCCGACGUGAUGAAGCGCUUCCAGCACCCCAACAUCAUAACGCUGCUCGGCGUGUGCACGCAGAAGGAGCCCGUGUACACGAUAAUGGAGUUCAUGCUGUACGGCGACCUGAAGAACUUCCUGCUCGCGCGAAGGCACAGAAAAGUGGAGACGGAGGAGGAGGUGUCGCCGGCGCGCCUCACGAACAUGGCGCUAGAUGUCGCCCGCGGUUUGAGCUACCUGGCCGAGCAGCGGUACACGCAUCGGGACGUCGCGUCGAGGAAUUGCCUGCUCAACGCGAGGUUCAACGUGAAGUUGGCGGACUUCGGGAUGACGCGGCCCGUCUGCGAGAACGAUUACUACCUGUUUCAGAGGAAGGGGAUGCUGCCGGUGCGGUGGAUGGCGCCCGAGUGCUUGAUCAUCGGCAAGUUCAGCCCCGCGUCCGACGUGUGGAGUUACGGGGUGUUGCUGUACGAGAUUAUCACGUUCGGGAGUUUUCCGUUUCAAGGGAAGAGCAAUAACGAAGUGCUGGAUAUUGUGAAGAAGGGCGGGACGCCCAAUAUACCGGAUGGAGUUGAGUCACUCUUGAGAGACCUGAUGAGCAGUUGCUGGCAAACGGACAAGAAAAACCGGCCGACGUCCUCGGAGAUCGUGGAACUCCUCGCCACGCACCCAACCCUGCUGAAACCGUGCGUCGAAACGAUGGUCUCCGUCGACCUGGAACCCGACCAGAUCGACAUGUCCAAGCUGCCCGACUUCCGGCGCGGCAAAGUGCCCGCGCAGCAGCAGAACGGCGCGGUACGCGCCGGCGCGCAGACGCGCAGCGCCUCGCCCAAGCACCAGUCGGUCCCGAUGACGGCCGCGACGCUGCCCGAAAGCGCCACCGACAGCGGCAUCAGCAUCCUGGUGGACAACUGCAGCCCCAAAGAGCCCCUGUUGGGCACCUCGAGGUCCAACUCCAGCCUGCUGAACCUCGGACUGACCAAGUACGUGACGAUUCAGCACGGGAAGGGCCAAGUCGAAGAGGAAAAUUACGUCAACACUUCGAAUGGCCACGUGGUGACUAAGGUAUGAUGCAAAGACAACUUGGAUGCGCUGUAAACACACACACACACACACUCAAUAAACCGACUGAUUUUUUACGUACAAUAGUUUUGACAUCGCACAUCAACUAUGUGUUCAAUCUCACCCACGCACCCUGUAUAUUUUUUUCAUUUUUUUCUCGAGUCUCAAUUUUUACUAUUUAACACUUUUUUUGACACUAGAGUGGGCCAAAAAAAUCAACUAUUUUUUUUUAUAAAGUAUAUCAAAAAUAUGGUUUGGGGUGACAAAAAAAAUUAAUAUAUUAAUAUAAAGAGGUCUAUUAUGAGGCG